UGCCCAAUGGACGCGGGAAGAGGCGGAAAAUAAUUGCGUUUGCUGUAGCUGCUCUUAAUCUCAAACUUCAGACAGAGACAUUAUGUAGGUAGUGAACGACUGAAAUCGGGGAUUAUUUAUUGUCUGGACGACCGUCGACUUUCAUAUGAUGGAGUAAAGCGCAAUUAUGGUGGUGAAUUCCGUACACUGGUUUCGCAAAGGACUGCGGUUGCAUGAUAAUCCGGCUUUGCAGGAAGCACUAAACGGCGCGGAUGCUGUACACUGUGUUUAUAUUUUGGACCCUUGGUUCGCAGGUUUGGCCAAUGUGGGAGUCAACAGAUGGAGAUUUUUAUUAGAGUCUUUAGAGGAUUUAGAUACAAGUUUAAGAAAACUGAAUUCAAGACUCUUUGUGGUGCGAGGACAGCCAACGGAUGUCUUCCCCAGACUUUUCAAGGAGUGGAAUGUCACACGUCUCACAUUUGAAUAUGACUCUGAGCCUUAUGGGAAAGAAAGAGAUGCCGCCAUCAUUAAAAUGGCACAGGAGUACGGUGUGGAAACCGUGGUACGAAACACUCACACGCUCUACAACCCAGACAGGAUCAUAGAAAUGAACAACCACAGUCCUCCACUCACCUUCAAGAGAUUUCAAGCCAUCGUGAACCAACUGGAAUUGCCCAGGAAACCUCUGCCGACCAUCACGCAAGAGCAUAUGGCCAGGUGUCGGACACAGAUCUCAGACAAUCAUGAUGAACACUACGGAGUGCCCUCGUUGGAGGAGCUGGGUUUUAUGACUCAGGGUGACCGCUCAUAUAUAUGGAAGGGUGGUGAGACAGAAGCCCUGGAGAGACUCAACAAACACUUGGACAGGAAGGCCUGGGUAGCAAAUUUCGAGAGGCCUAAAAUAACUGCUCAAUCCCUGUUCGCCAGCCCAACUGGACUCAGUCCUUACCUACGAUUCGGCUGUCUGUCAUGUCGCGUAUUUUACUACAAUCUGCGGGAACUUUAUAUGAAGCUGCGGAGACACUCCAAUCCUCCCCUCUCACUCUUCGGCCAGCUGUUGUGGCGGGAGUUUUUCUACACAGCGGCCACCAACAACCCUAACUUUGACCAUAUGGAUGGAAACCCCAUUUGCGUGCAGAUCCCAUGGGAUCAUAACCCCGAAGCGCUGGCGAAAUGGGCUGAGGGUCGGACAGGGUUUCCUUGGAUCGAUGCCAUCAUGACACAGCUCCGACAAGAGGGCUGGAUUCACCACCUGGCCCGGCAUGCUGUAGCCUGUUUCCUCACCAGGGGAGACCUAUGGAUCAGCUGGGAAAGCGGAAUGAAAGUGUUUGAGGAGCUAUUGUUGGAUGCAGACUGGAGCGUGAACGCAGGCAGCUGGAUGUGGCUGUCCUGCAGUGCAUUCUUCCAGCAAUUCUUCCAUUGUUACUGUCCAGUGGGCUUCGGCCGCAGGACGGAUCCCAGCGGAGACUACAUCAGGAGGUACAUCCCAAAGUUGCAAAACUUUCCAAACCGCUACAUCUAUGAGCCAUGGAACGCUCCAGAAUCAGUACAGAAGGCUGCAAACUGCAUUGUGGGUGUGGAUUAUCCCAAACCCAUGAUCAACCAUGCAGAGAGCAGCCGACUCAACAUCGAACGAAUGAAGCAAGUUUACCAGCAGCUCUCCCACUACAGAGGCCUUAGUUUGCUCGCCUCCGUCCCUACGAUCCAGGAAGAGGCGGAGCCUCCCAUGUCAGAUGACUCUCAGGCCAGCAGCAGCACUGGCGGUCAAGCAUCAACCCCGCCCAACUCGGAACCCUCUACCCCAAUCUCAAGCCUGACAGCAGCAGCUAUAGGCCCCCAGGCACAGAGGAAGAGGGGCCGACCCUUUGAUGUCCCAAGCAAACAGAAGUCAAAACUCAAGCAUACAAGCCAAUCCAAAGGAGUCGAGCAGAAGAUGGAGGACAAGCAGUGACAACAGGUUGAGACUGCAUUGGCAGUCUGACAUCUGAGGGAAUGGGAGGAGUCUACCUACCCGUACAGAAACUCCACGGGAAAAGUGUGAAAUGGCGCCACUUUCUGCUGCAGAACACAGACGGCAGCAAAGAGAAAUAAACAACGGAACUCAGCCGCGUUAUAAACUCCGGGCUUCUGUUUCCCAAUCAUCCUUCAUUAAAGCUGCUUUUGUUCUAAAGUUUUAACCUGUUCAACCAAACAUGAGUGUUUUAAGGUUCAUUGAUGUUUAGGUCCCUGCGUUGUGAUCAAACUCCGAUUUAACGGAUAUUGUUGUUGCCAUUGCAAGUUUGGGGUAGCGGGCAUUUCACAGAAUAAGUAUUCAGGAUAUUUAGCCAAAGUUGCACACUUUGAAUAAAAAUGAAUAAGCAAUGAGGGAACAUUGAAGAAGUGGCCUACAAUGUUCUAACCACAUUAAUUGAAAGCAAGUUUUGUAUGAACUCUGAAGUAGUCAGUCUCUAUAAUUGCUUGCAAGCUACUAGUUCGUUCAAGUAGCAAAUAAGUAUUUCUACAGUUUGUGGUUUGGUUCGUUUUUCCCUAUAAAUAUAUGCUUUGUGUACAUAUCUACAUCUCAUUGCCUCCGGCUGCACUUAAGGUUUUCUUUUGUUAUUAUUUAAUAUCAAUCCUCAGUUUAUAAUUCAAUAAGCCCAAUUUAUUUAACAAGUGACUAAUUUACGGUUCGCAGUUUUUCUAACACUCGACUAAUAAUUGUACAUUCCACUAAAUGUCAUUCACAAUAAUUUAUCAAUUUAAAACGUUAUAGCCGGCGAUGUGAAACAUAUUUAUUACAUUUUUUUUGUCCCUUUUUCUUUUUUGUAUUGUAUAAAAGAGUUUAUUUUCAUUAAAAGGCUGAUGGGGUUCUUAAGCCUUUCGGUAGGCAGUAAUUUAUUCAAGCCUUUUAACUACAUGCUUCUGUCAGCGACAAAAUGUUUCUGCGAUGUAUUGCAUCUAUGAUGUCUCACUACAAUAUAUCAUAUAAAUCUCAUGAACCUGUUUUGAAGCACUUUGAGUUGGUUUUACUUUAGUGUGAACAGGGAAUGUGCUACAUUGUUACUUUUCUAUGUGAUUUGCACAUGGCGGACAAUUAAAAGGGGAAUAUAAUUUCUUCAACCUAUGCUGAAGUAGGGACCGGAGUCAUAUCUUGGGAUCAGAACAUCAUAGAAACCACAUUGCAAUGCCCUACAAAUCACUCAUAACACUUUAGCAACGCUCUGUCAACCAACCACAUCACCCUUUUGCAUUGUGUGGGUGUCUUGCACCAAGCGCCACAGGUUUUCUUCAGACAAUUUAACUUGAACAACCACUAGAGGGCAAAACAUGCACCAGGUUUUCUGAUUUAUUUACAUGUCUAUGAAAACAGUGUAUUGCAAAGGCCUGACCAGUUCCAAUAAAGAUGA